AUGCCUAAUAAGUGCUGCGUGCCCAAUUGCCGGAGCAAUUACAAAUCGGGGCAAAAAAAUCACGUCUUCAAGUUUCCACAACAUGAAGAAGCCCAGAGUGCCUGGAUUAGGGCGAUACCACGUGCAGACUUCAAUGUAUCACCGCACUCCAGGGUCUGUGAACUUCACUUCAUUGAGGCCGACAUCGUGCGGGAGGUCUCUCACAUCGACGACCUUACAGGGAACACCGUCACUGCACCACUCUCACGCCUGCGUCUUCGCCCAGGCGCAGUCCCAUCAAAGUUUCCUGAAUGUCCAUCUUAUCUUUCGAAGCCAAUCACCUCGAGGGAACAUCCGGAUUCCAAGCGCAUGCGUCUUCAGGCUGCUUCUUUGAAGAAAGCGUGUGAAGCGUCUGCUGAAGCAUUCCGCAAGGAGAAGGAAGCGGAUAAGAUACUAAACCUAGAAGACCUGAUGCAAUUCAUAACAAGCAAAAAUUCUACGUUCUGGCACGCUAUUGAACGGAAGGAAAGACUAAUUUUACUGCACAUCACUGAAGAUGACGCUCCGUGCAUCAAAUAUUCAAUUGCAGUAAAAGCCGACCUCGGCAUGACAGUUUACUUCGCAAGGACGCCGAUAACGAAAGUGGGCAUCGAUUCCCCCGUUCCAACUGUAGCAAACAGCAAGAAAGCGGUGAUGGAUCUGCUCGAGAGCAUUGAGAAUAGCAGUGCCUACUUCCCUCAAUGUCCUGAAUCCUGUAAUGAAGAUAUAUGCAAGCAGAUUCUUCUGCUGCUUGAAAAGUUGUCUUUCUCGCCCACAGAUGGCAGUUCCAAUGUCAUACAGUUUCUUAGCGAGCAGUUAAAGCUACUCUCUAUGAAGAAAGUUCGGAGGCGUUACUCAGCCGACUUCAUGAUAUUUUGCUGUCUACUAUUCACAGUAUCACCUCAUGCAUACAAAUAUAUACGCGGAUCAGGACGCAUGGCUCUCCCGCACCCAGUGACCAUUCGUUCAAUAUGCUCAUCGUACGGCAUGAGUCCUCAAAUCGAACAUCAGAGUGAAUCAUUCCUCCGGUACAUGGCGGGGAGAAUUACCGAUUUGAAUGAUCGCCAACGUUUUGUGACUCUGAUGGUGGAUGAAAUUCACAUCAAGCCUUAUUUCGACUACAAGGGAGGCAAUAUUACCGGUGCUGCUCUGAACAGCUCAGCUGCAGCAACCAGCGCACUUGUCUUCAUGGUGCAGAGCAUCUUGUGCCAAUUUAAGGAAGUCGCUCACAUCGUCCCUGUGCAAAGAGCCGACGCAGAAGAUCUGCACAACUUGCUGAGGAAAGUAAUAUGCGGACUGGAAGAGAUUGGGUACAGGGUAGUUUGUGUCGUAAGUGACAACAAUGCUAUCAACGCGAAGGCUAUGUCUCACUUCUCGUCACCUCCUUCUAAACAAAUUGUUUACGCUCACCCAUCGAACCCCAGAAGACCACUCUUUUUUGUAAUAGACCCGGUACACAUACUCAAAUGUAUACGCAAUAACUGGCUGAACCAGAAAAACGACCAAAAGUGCUUCUACUUUCCCGAGUUGAAACCAGACUUCAUUGGAAAACAGCAAAUGCUCUCUGCAUCAUUCGCUACAAUCAGAAAUCUCUACAACUUGGAGUCCGAGAGGCUGUUAAGCUAUGGCUACAGCCUGUCAAGAAAGGCUCUCUGUCCAUCGAACAUUGAAAGACAGAACGUGAAGUUGGCAUUGCAGAUCUUCAAUGACUACCUUCCUCAGGCCCUUCGAGCACUUGGGACGAAGCACAACCUUCUGUUUUUUGAGGGUACUGCCACUUUCAUUGAGAUAGUGGUAAAAUGGUGGAAGAUUGUGAACGUGAAAACCCCUUCGAAAGGAAAAAGGCUACUGGACAAGUUCCAGGAACCAGUGCAUCCUAACGAAAAUGAUAUCAAGAUUGAUUUCCUGCGCAAUCUUUUGGCCUGGUUGGAAGAGUGGAAAAGCAAAAAUUUGGACAGCGGCACGUUAACAAGAGAGACCCACGCCGCUAUCGACCACACAACAUAUGCUUUAGUGGAGUUCACAAAGUACUGUUUAGAAGAGCUCAAGUUCUCGUACGUCCUUUUAGGAAAGAUCCAGACCGACAGUUUGGAGGAGCGCUUCGGGAAGUACAGGAUGCUAGCUGGAUCCCAGUAUCAUGUGUCGAUAAGACAAGUGUACGAAUGUGAGAACAAGCUAAGGCUGCAAAGCACUCUACCAGCCAUCAGUAAGGAUGAGCGAUGGGAUGAAUUUCAGACACACACAGACCACCCACGCCCUAGCCUAAAUGUGGUAGUAACAAAGGAUGCACUGUCUGAAAUUAAAGAAAUCGUCCCCGUACUGGUCUACGUGGCGGGCUAUGCCGUGUACGCUUCAUUGAAAAAGCUCAACUGUUCGAAAUGCAGGGACGCACUGACAGAGAAAAGGUUGACAUCGGUCUCAGACUCGGAUGGACGGUACGACCUCGUGAAACAACUUGACAGGGGAGGACUUGUCUAUCCAGCUAUAUUUGCCGUCAACGCUGUUGCACACAACUACGUGGUUGUUAAGCAACUAUCAGCGAAAGAGGAAUUUAUUAAUCUGCCAAACCAACGUCGUUUAGUGACUGACCUCACGCUUGAACUGCUCGUCAGUGAUGAUUCCUCAGAGUUCGACGCUUGCGAGGAUGGACAUAAAUGUGAAUUUGUGUUAAGGCACCUUUUGUGGUGUAGUACGAAUAUUUUAUUGAGGAAUUACUGCUGCAAGAUGAACGACAAGAUAUUGGAUGCCAAUGCAAAGGCAAGAAAGAGAAAAGCUGAAACUCUGCGCAAUAAGGCAGCUGUUUCCUUGUAA